GGGAGGGGGUGUCUGGGGCAGAGACCCCUGGGCUCGGGGCAGCUGAGGCGGCCGGGCCUCCUCCCCCCGGUGGCCGCCUUCGGGGCCGCGAGAGUCCUUCGUCCCUUACAGCCUUGACCCGGCUCUGGGACACUGGGGGUGGCCUCAGUUUCCCCUGACCUGGGCCACCCCGUUUCUGAGGCGUGGAGAAGCGUAGCCCCUCGAGUAAUCCCCCCUCUCACCUUUACGCCGCAGCCGCCCCUUGCUGUGGCUCCUGGCUCCACGGUUGGCCACGGAGCCUCCAGUUCAAAUCCCCUCCCUGCUGUCAAGAGGCCUCCUCUGUCCCGGGUUGCUCCCACGAGCCUCUGAUGCCCUGACUUCUUCCAAUGUCGCCUACGGCCGCUUUGGUCUCAGCGCAGCCAAAAACUUCAAUGCAGAGGAAAAGUCUGGAUUGGUUUCACAGGCCUUUUAAAAAGCGGACUUAAAAGUUGCUGGCAAUGCAUUCCUUCUCGUCCGAGUGGAGGGCAAGCUCCGGAGAGUAGGGCAGGGAAGGGAGAGCAAAAGGAAAUUUGUUGGAAGAUGGAGAAACUAAGCUAGGAUGUUGGUGACUUCCACAGGAGAAGUUCUGGAGAAGCAUCCAAAGACGAUCCAGGUUCCUUUAUGCCUGGGAAUCAAAAUGAUUUUGGUAUAGUUGACACUUUUCAGCAUCUCCUGUGAAUAUUUGUAAGUUUUUCUUCUUUAGGACAAACUGUUACUCAGUCCGUAAAAUAUACUUAAAAUCAAGAAACUUUUGGGUAACGUUGCAGUUACAGUCCUUCAAAUUGAGAAAAACUGGGGAAAUAAUUGGAACUCCUGUUUACACAUGUCAGCCUAAAACUCUGCUUUCUUUUGUCAUGGAAGAUGUCCUUCUGUGAUUGACCUCAGUUACUGACUUGAGCAGAUGUGGUGAAUGUGAAAUUCUUCGUACAUUACCUUUCCCUUCUAAGCCCUUUGUCCCUUCUGGAAGAUCUUAAACCCUCUUCUGGAAAGGGGUGCCUAUCACUGCUUUAUGGGGCAGCAGCCUGGAAAAGUUCUUGGGGACCAAAGAAGGCCAAGUUUGCCUGCCCUGCACUUUAUCAAAGGAGCAGGAAGGAAGGAAUCAUCCAGGCAUGGAGGACCACACUGCAAUGUCUUUGUGGAACACGAAGCCUUACAGAGGCCAGUAGCAUCUGACUUCGAGCCACAAGGCCUGAGUGAAGCUGCUCGGUGGAACUCCAAGGAAAACCUUCUUGCUGGGCCCAGUGAAAAUGACCCCAACCUUUUCGUUGCACUGUACGACUUUGUGGCGAGUGGGGAUAACACCCUCAGCAUCACUAAAGGAGAAAAGCUCCGGGUCUUAGGCUACAAUCACAAUGGGGAGUGGUGCGAAGCCCAAACCAAAAAUGGCCAAGGAUGGGUCCCAAGCAACUACAUCACACCCGUCAACAGUCUGGAGAAGCACUCUUGGUACCAUGGGCCUGUGUCCCGAAAUGCUGCGGAGUACCUGCUGAGCAGUGGGAUCAACGGCAGCUUCCUGGUGCGGGAGAGCGAGAGCAGUCCUGGCCAAAGGUCCAUCUCGCUGAGAUACGAGGGGAGAGUGUACCACUACCGGAUCAACACCGCUUCUGAUGGCAAGCUCUACGUCUCCUCAGAGAGCCGCUUCAACACUCUGGCUGAGCUGGUUCACCAUCACUCCACUGUGGCCGACGGGCUCAUCACCACCCUGCACUACCCAGCCCCCAAGCGCAACAAGCCCACCGUCUACGGCGUGUCUCCCAACUAUGACAGGUGGGAGAUGGAGCGCACAGACAUCACCAUGAAGCACAAGCUGGGCGGGGGCCAGUACGGGGAGGUGUACGAAGGCGUGUGGAAGAAGUACAGCCUGACGGUGGCCGUGAAGACCUUGAAGGAGGACACCAUGGAGGUAGAAGAGUUCUUGAAGGAAGCUGCGGUAAUGAAAGAGAUCAAGCACCCUAAUCUGGUACAGUUACUUGGUGUCUGCACCCGGGAGCCCCCAUUCUAUAUAAUCACCGAGUUCAUGACCUAUGGGAACCUAUUGGACUACCUGAGAGAGUGUAACCGGCAGGAGGUGAGCGCGGUCGUGCUGUUGUACAUGGCCACCCAGAUCUCCUCGGCCAUGGAGUACCUGGAGAAGAAGAACUUCAUCCAUAGGGAUCUUGCUGCCCGAAACUGCCUGGUAGGGGAAAACCACUUGGUGAAAGUGGCUGAUUUUGGCCUGAGCAGGUUAAUGACCGGGGACACUUACACAGCCCAUGCAGGAGCCAAGUUCCCGAUCAAAUGGACCGCACCCGAGAGCCUGGCCUACAACAAAUUCUCCAUCAAAUCUGACGUCUGGGCGUUCGGAGUAUUGCUUUGGGAAAUUGCUACCUAUGGCAUGUCGCCUUACCCAGGAAUUGACCUGUCUCAGGUGUAUGAGCUGCUGGAGAAGGACUAUCGCAUGGAGCGUCCAGAGGGCUGCCCAGAGAAGGUCUACGAACUCAUGCGAGCAUGUUGGCAGUGGAAUCCCUCUGACCGGCCCUCCUUUGCCGAAAUCCACCAAGCCUUUGAAACAAUGUUCCAGGAAUCCAGUAUCUCAGAUGAAGUGGAAAAGGAGCUGGGGAAACAAGGUGUGAGAGGGGCUGCCAGCACCUUGCUGCAGGCCCCAGAGCUGCCCACCAAGACCAGGACCUCCAGGAGAGCUGCUGAGCACAAAGAUGCCACCGAUGUGCCUGAGACACCCCACUGCAAGAGCCAGGGAGAGAACGAGCCACCGGACCACGAGCCUGCUGUGUCUCCACUGCUCCCUCGAAAAGAGCGUGGUCCCCCAGACGGCAUCCUCAAUGAAGAUGAGCGCCUUCUGCCCAAAGACAGGAAGACCAACCUAUUCAGCGCCCUGAUCAAGAAGAAGAAGAAAAUGGCCCCUACCCCUCCCAAACGCAGCAGUUCCUUCCGGGAGAUGGAUGGCCAGCCAGAGCGCAGGGGGGCCAGCGAGGAAGAUGGCCGAGAAAUGAGCAAUGGGGCGCCAACUCUCACCCCCUCAGACACAGCUGAGUCCACCAAGUCCUCAAAGGCCAGCAACGGGGUUGGCGUCCCCAACGGAGCCUUCCGGGAGCCAGGGGGCUCAGGCUUCCGUUCUCCCCACCUGUGGAAAAAGUCCAGCACGCUGACCAGUGGCCGCUUGGCAGCCGGCGAAGAGGAGAGCAGUGGCAGCUCCAGCAAGCGCUUCCUGAGGUCCUGCUCUGCCUCCUGCGUCCCCCAUGGGGCCAGGGACACAGAGUGGAGGUCAGUCACUCUGCCUCGGGACCUGCAGUCCACUGGGAGACAGUUUGACUCGUCUACGUUUGGAGGGCACAAAAGCGAGAAGCCUGCUCUGCCUCGGAAGCGGGCCAGUGAGACCAGAUGUGAGCAAGUGGCCAGAGGCACGGCAACCCCCCCGAGGCUAGGGAAGAGGAAUGAGGGGGUUGCUGAUGAGGUCUUGAAGGAUGCAGCGGAGUCCAGCCCAGGCUCCAGCCCCCCCAGUCUCACUCCCAAACUCCUGCGUCGCCAGGCCACUGUGGCCUCUUCUUCUGGCCUCCCUCACAAGGAAGAGGCUGGGAAGGGGAGUUCCUUGGGGACCCCUGCUACAGCUGAGCCAGCGCCCCCAGGCAGUAGGGCAGGGCCAGGUGUGCCUGGGGGCUCUAGCAAGCCCUGCACUGAGGAGCCCCGUGUGAGGAGGCACAAGCACUGCUCCGAGUCACCGGGGAGAGACAAGGGGAGGCUGUCAAAGCUCAAGCCCGCCCCACCACCCCCGCCCGCCUCUACAGGGAAAGCUGGGAAGCCUGCACAGAGCCCAAGCCAGGACAUGGUCGGGGAGGUAGGUGCCAGCACGAAAACAAAACCCACAAGUCCAGCUGUGGAUACUGUGAACAGUGACGCUGCCAAACCCAGUCAGCUAGGAGAGGGCCUCAAAAAGCCUGUACCCCCAUCAGUGCCAAAGCCACAGUCAGCCACCAAGCCACCAGGGACCCCCACCAGCCCAGCCCCUGCCCCCUGCAUGCUGCCAGCAACCUCCUCAGCCAUGCCAGGAGACCAGCCAUCUUCUGCCGCCUUCGUCCCCCUCAUAUCUACCCGAGUGUCUCUCCGGAAGACCCGCCAGCCUCCAGAGCGGAUCGCUAGUGGCACCAUCACCAAGGGCGUGGUUCUGGACAGCACUGAGGCUCUAUGCCUUGCCAUCUCCAGGAACUCUGAACAGAUGGCCAGUCACAGUGCUGUGCUGGAGGCCGGCAAAAACCUCUAUACAUUCUGCGUGAGCUAUGUGGAUUCCAUCCAGCAAAUGAGGAACAAGUUUGCCUUUCGAGAGGCCAUCAACAAACUGGAGAAUAACCUCCGGGAGCUUCAGAUCUGCCCGGCAACAGCAGGGAGUGGCCCCGCGGCCACGCAGGACUUCAGCAAGCUCCUCAGCUCUGUGAAGGAGAUCAGCGACAUUGUGCAGAGGUAGCAGAAGCCAGAGGUAGCAGAAGCCUGGAGCUGCCUGCAGCCCUCAAAAGCUCAGCCAUGCUUGGGACGGUGACUGACGAAGGACCAGCAAGCUGGCACCUGGGCCCAGGGGCUCUGCACCAGGCGGAGUCCAGCCCUACUACCUAUGUUGUGCACCAACUGUCCUCUUGCACCUUCUCCUCCCAGCCCAGGCUCCCUGUGCCACCUCUGUCUCCACAUUGUAUCUGUGGAGUUUCCUCUCUGUGGACUACAGCUGGCACACCCACCAGGCUCCUCCCUGCCUGGAGCUUCAGACCCAGCUCUCUGGAGAGCCUCCUCCUCUGGCUGUGACUUUGCGUAUCACCAGGGCUUUGUGCAUUGUCACCUGUUCACCCCGUGGAGAGAGCUUCACACCUGCACAUAGAAGCCCCUCCGGGAAGUGUGUGUGCCUCAGUACCACUAGCUGGUCGCUCUGCCCUGCUCUGCCCAGGGAACUGUGCUCACCAGUUCCUUAUGUGAAGGACAGCUGGUGACUUGAGGGGACACAGGGUGCUAAAGCAAACCAGCUACAGGGCCCGGACAGGAGGGAGCUGAGGAGGAUCAAGCUAGAAGCGUGCUCUCCAUGUCCCUGGGCCCAGUUCUCUCUUGUGAGGGGCACAGUGAAUCCUGGAUAGAAAGCUUGAGUUUGAAGGGUGGCAGGGGCAUGGCGGGUGCUGGCUGAGCUUGCCCAGUGCCAGGGUGCCUUCCUUGCAAACAGUCAGGUGCCCAGAAAGGUCUGGAUUUCUGAUCAGUCUCCUUCCUUCCCCUACUCCUCUAAGACAAAGCGGGUCCCUGCAGUGCUCUUUCCCUUGUGACAAGAGUUCCUCAGCAUUUCAGAGCUUGGCCUCUGCACAGAGAGGAGCAGCUGCUGGGCACAGCACAGACGGGAAGAAAGGCCAUCCAGCUCUGGGGCCCUUGCCAGCAUGGGCUGCACCUUAGAACUGUGCAAAUGUAGUUAGCCUCAUGUUUCUGUGGGAGUCAUGAGAGUAUGUCAGGAAAACCACAAACGGGAAACCCCAGGAACUAUUCAGAGAACAGGCCUUGGUGCAUCUGCUCCAGGCUGGCCAGGACCAGAGCUGAGAACAGAGCCUGGCCCAUGGGUCUCCUGAUAGUGACCUACAGCAGCCAGCUAAGGAGUGGGCAGGCACCCGCCUGGGCCUCAUGCCUGACCCAGGAGAAACACCUGACCACUCCCCACACCUCCUGUGCCACCUCCCUGCACGAGCCCCGUUUUUACACUUACAUCUAAAUUUGUAUUUUAUUUUCUGGUAGAGGUGUUUCCCUCUGGAUCGUUUUUUAUGCAGCCCUCCCAGCACAUCACCUCUUUGUCCCCGAUGGCUGUUUCACAACCCUAGGGAGGCAGAACCACACCACCAGCGGCCUUGCAGACAAAGCCAGACACCCUCCACUCCCAUGUCCACGAGGUACUGGUCUCUUCUGUUAACAUAAUGUGCCACUGUAAUUUGCAUUUAUACUUUGCUAUCACACUCUUUUAUAGACUUGCUCUUUUAUAAAUGACAUGUAAAUAGUUUUCCACUGUGCUCCCUUCUGGAAUGCCGAUGGUGUCUCCCUUUUUUCUUGGUCCAGUACAUUUUGUUUCUGUAUAUGACUCUGUGUUCUUGAAUCCAAAUCUCUCCUCUGUAGUAUUUUUAAAUAAAUAA